AUGACUACAGCUCACAGACCGACAUUUGAUCCGGCGCAAGGAAAAGAGGCCCAACGUGGUCCUGCUUAUCAUCAGAGACUUCUUCCUGCUCAUACAUUCCUGAAAGUUCGUCAACCCGGACAAGGAGGUGACGCCGAUCACGAAUACCGAGACUUGCGCGCAGAGCUUCUCCAGGCCGAGGCUGCACACUUCGCCAAGAAGAACGGUGUUACAAUCGAUGAACCAGCGGCUGCUUCUACCCCAAAACGACAACUCGAAUCUGAUAGAGAUGAAAAUGCUUUAAUUGAAGAGGACCCAGCCGCAAAACGUCAACGUGCUCUACAACAGUUUAUUGAAAUAGAUGCAGACUCCGAUGGAUCCUCAGAAGAAGAAGAUAGCAGCGAUAGUGAUAGUGAUAGUGAUGAGGACGAAGGAGCUGAGUUAAUGCGCGAACUGGAGAAGAUCAAGAAAGAGCGACAGGCAAAGAAGGAUCAGGAGGAACAAGAAAAAGUGGUCAAGGAGCAGGAGCAACGAGAAGUUGAUAUCGCCCGCGGCAAUCCUUUACUCAACGGCAACGACUUCAGCCACAAUCGCCGCUGGGAUGACGAUGUGGUCUUCAAGAACCAGGCUCGAGGAACAGAGAAGAAGGACAAUGAGUUUAUCAACGACAUGCUGCGCUCUGAUUUCCACAAGAAGUUUAUGUCGAAAUAUUGUCGCUGA